AAAGAACUUUAUCUUCACCAUACCUGGUUGUCCAAAUUAGGCAUAAUAAUGUGUUAAUUCCACGACUGUAUAUAUAUCGAUAUCGGUAAUUAAAGAGUUGGACAAUAUCGGAUAUCGGCAAAAAGCCAUCAUCGGACAUCCCUAGUCCUGAGUAGUCCUGAGUUCAAUCCUGGGCUUUCUGUGUGGAUUUAGCAUGUUCUCCCCUUGACUGCGUGGGUUCCCUCCGGGUACUCCGGCUUCCUCCCACCGCCAAAAACAUGCAAAAUGUAAAAUUAAAAUUACAUGAUGUUGCAUCAAACAGUUUGAUGCAACAUCAUGUUUCUGGUCAGGCAUGCAUAUUCCUGCUUGGAAUGUGUAUUGUUGUUGUAGCUCCUAAUCUGGCCACUAGAGGACAGCAAAGCACAGUCAAAAAGGUCGGGUGUCCUCCUUUAAAAGCGCGGAGCUGCUCUCGUCUGUAUGCAAUAAACGUCACCUGCCAUUGUUUUUUUACCGCGUUUUGAACAAAAAACACCGUUAUUUCUGCCACUUUCUUCACUGGUUCUGGACCACUUGAUCCGUGCGAGGAGCCGUCCGAGCAGUCCUCAUCCAUCGGCGGUCGUCUCGAGCCUGGUCCUCUUCGCCUCGCUGGCUGCAGAGCAUCAGCAGACAUGUUCUACACCUGUGGGCCCAACGAAGCUAUGGUGGUGUCAGGAUUCUGUCGCUCUCCUCCGCUGAUGAUCGCUGGAGGCCGAGUCUUCGUCAUCCCUUGCGUGCAGCAGUUACAGAGGAUCUCCCUCAACACUCUGACGCUGAACGUGAAGAGCGACAAGGUGUACACGCGCCACGGCGUGCCCGUCUCCGUCACGGGCAUCGCGCAGAUGAAGAUCCAGGGUCAGAAUAAGCAGAUGUUGGCCGCUGCCUGCCAGAUGUUCAUGGGGAAGUCGGAGGCGGAGAUAGCGCAGAUCGCCUUGGAGACGCUGGAGGGGCACCAGAGGGCCAUCAUAGCACACCUGACUGUGGAGGAGAUCUACAAGGACCGCAAGAAGUUCUCCGAGCAGGUCUUCAAAGUAGCCUCCUCCGACCUGGUCAACAUGGGCAUCAGCGUGGUCAGCUACACGCUCAAAGACGUGCACGACGACCAGGAUUACCUGCAUUCUCUGGGGAAGGCUCGCACGGCCCAGGUCCAGAAAGACGCUCGUAUCGGCGAGGCGCUCAACAAGAGAGAUGCUGUGAUCAGGGAGGCCCACGCCAUGCAGGAGAAGAUCUCGGCUCAGUACAAGAACGAGAUCGACAUGGCCAAGGCCCAGCGUGACUAUGAGCUCAAGAAGGCUGCCUACGACGUCGAAGUCAACACCAAGAAGGCGGAGUCAGAGAUGGCCUACCAGUUGCAGGUGGCCAAGACUAAGCAGCGCAUCGAGGAGGAGAGGAUGCAGGUGCAGGUGGUGGAGCGCAGCCAGCAGAUCACGCUGCAAGAGCAGGAGAUUACCCGCAAGGAGAAGGAGCUGGAGGCCAAGGUGAAGAAGCCCGCCGAGGCCGAGAGAUAUCGCCUGGAGAAACUGGCCGAGGCCCAGCGCCUCAAGUUGAUCAUGGAGGCUGAAGCAGAGGCGGAGUCCAUCAAGAUCAAAGGCGAGGCGGAGGCCUUCGCCGUGGAGGCCAAAGGUCGCGCCGAGGCCGAGCAGAUGGCGAAGAAGGCGGAGGCCUUCCAGCAGUACCAGGACGGCGCCAUGGUGGACAUGUUGCUGGAGAAACUGCCCCUGAUGGCAGAAGAGAUCAGCAAGCCUCUGUGUCAGGCCCAGAAGGUUACCAUGAUAUCGAGUGGCGGCGACGUGGGCGCCGCCAAACUGUCCGGAGAGGUCCUGGACAUCAUGACGCGCCUCCCCGACGCGCUGGAGAAGCUGACCGGGGUCAACAUCUCCCAGGUGAGCUCCCGUAUUGGCUGAGGAAUCUUGGCCGGUCUCCUGUUCCUGGACGCCAUUAUCUGCACGGGUCUUGAACACAUCGUCGGCUCCCUGCACAUUUCCCUCUUUGUUUUGUCGGGUUGUCCUGUUCACCUUCCUUUUUCACUCUGUGUGUGUACACGUGGUGUACACGUACAAUUUACCUUGUUCUUACUUUUGUUGUUUUUUAGGUGGCCUGGAAGUGCAAAACACUUUCAUCCUUGAAACAAAUGACAGAAAACAAAAGGCAAAACAAUUUACAAUUCAAGCUGCGAGCAGUGUUGAGAGGGCCAUGACGCAUGCAGUUGCCUUCUUCUCAAAGUCCCGAUCCACCAUCAAACAUUUUAGGAAGAUCGGAGCAUGAGGAAGUAAGUUACGACCGUUAUAAUUUUCCACCACAAGGGGGCGAUGUUGGUGUCGAUAUCAAUGCCUAGUCAUGAUCAGUUCUCGACCUUAAAGCCUAAUAUUAGGUUGGAAGAAGAUCUGAUCAUGUUAAGUGCAGUUGGAUGGUUGAUGGCAAGGAGCAGUUUUCGACGCCAGGCUCUGUUCACCACGAAUGGGUGCUAACAGUUACUGACCCAUCCGGCACUUCAGGGUGUCAUCAUCAUCAUUUCUACCAAUUAAGAUCAAGAUCUGACUUUGUGGAGCCGAGUUAUAAAUGUUGAAAGUUUUGUGGCAAAGUUUGGCGCCAUGCCGCGCCCACAUCCUAAGACGUCGGCAAAAUUCCUUCACAAUUUAUCGUGGUUCAUUUGUCUAGUAUGUGUCAUUUUAACUGCCACUUAUUUGGUCAAAGUUCAUAGGAGGAGUUCAUUAGAGUACGAGCCCUGCUUUUGGCCUAAAAAUGGCCGACGGAAACCAAGAUGGCCGACUUCCUGUUUGUUUUCAAAUAUGCGUUUUUGAAACUUUUACCUGCGUCCUGUCGUGAUGGACGUCUGGAGGGAUUUUCGUGACGAUACGUGAAUGUGGGGAGAAAGGCAUAGUCAGAAUCAGAAAUACUUUAUUAAUCCCCGAGGGGAAAUUACAAUUUUCAGCACAAUCCCAUUCAAGAUCAGAGAAACAUAGCAGGGAGACAGAACAGGAUCGCUGACGAUAAUUUUAGAGAGACAAUUUUUUAAAGUUUUUCAGGGGUCGUGACCCCUAAAAUAUCCGAUUUUAUAUAAAUAUCCGAAAGUACCCAAAUGACCCUGAUCAAAAGUUUACAUAUCUCAGUGACUUUGAUCUGAUAACAUGCACAAAAGUUGACACAAACAGGUUUGAAUGGCUAAUCAAGGUUCCAAUCCUCAGUGCUGCACAGGUGUGUUUGGAUUCUGAGUCAUGGGGAAGGCAAAAGAAUUGUCAAAGGAUCUGCGAGAAAAGGUAAUUAAACUGCAUAAAACAGGAAAGGGGUAUAAAAAGAUAUCCAAGGAAUUGAGAAUACCAAUCAGUAGUGUUCUAACGCUGAUUAAGAAGUGGGAAAUGAGGGAUUCAGGUAGACCAGCAAAGAUUUCAGCCACAACUGCCAGGAAAAUUGUUCGAGAUGCAAAGAAAAAUCCACAAAUAACUUCUGCUGAAAUACAGGACUAUCUGAAAAAUAGUGGUGUGGCUAUUUCAAGAUGCACAAUAAGGAGGCACUUGAAGAAAAAUGAGCUGCAUUCAAACCUGUUUGUGUCAACUUUUGUGCAUGUUAUCAGAUCAAAGUCACUGGGGUAUGUAACCUUUUGUUCAGGGUCAUUUGGGUACUUUCUUUUGUCAUUUUGAUUCAAAAAGAGUAAACACAGUUGUUUGCCAAUAAAUAGCUCCACACAACCAUUAAGCAUGAGUGGAAGAAAGGUUUUUGUGUUAUCAUUCAUAUUCUCUGAAGAAUGGCCAAGAAACCAUAAAUGCUCCCAGGGUAUGUAAACUUAUGAGCACAACUGUAAAAGUACCGAAAAUUGUUCGUACUCGUGAGUACUAGUAUCUAUUCCCAGGUACCGUAUCAGUUUAAAUGAACGGUACCAACCCUACCCAAGAGACACCUCGCUUUCAUUUUUAAUAUGUACCUCUACUUGCUAAAUAUAGCAACAAAGACAGGCUUACACGAUCAAGUACAUUUAUGGGAAACACUGGCUAAUUUUUUUGGACGAUACGGAAAAAAGCAGGCGUCGAUGUACUUUCUGCAUGUUGGUAUUGACUUGGUAUAGAUACUAUAAACAACCAUAGUGGUCAGUGUCCGUCAUUAAUGUCAUUUGUUUUGCACUUCCAGGUCAGCAUAGUAGUAGUUACUCCAAAAUCUUUAAAGGUAAUCGUCAGAAUCUUCCAGCUGGGUUCUGUGUGGUCUUUCUCAGAGAUGACACACCCGUCAUCUGCCUGCAGUACCAUAUAUCGCAAAUAACAGACUGAAAUGUAGCUUCUGUUAUAAGUGUCUUUUUGCACUAAUAGUCCUCAUCUUCCCCCUACAUAUUUAUGCACUCUGCUUGGCUCCCAGACACUAAGUGCAACUUAAAAAGAACUCCCUAAUGCUACUAACCGUGCCUAAGUGCAGACCUAAACUAACCACAAAAAAACCCAUUUCUGACAUACCAGGGGUGUCUAAAGUGAGUCCGCAGGGGGCCAUUUUCGACCUGCGGCUCGUGUUCUAUUGGAUACUCGGCAUAUUCUAAAAAAUGUUAUCGGAUUUAACACCCUUUUUUCUUUGUCACCUGUAACACAAAGCUAAGACAUGGAUGUUUUGUUCAGAUAGCAUCUCAAAAUACAAAAAUGUACCAAAGUGUCCCCUAUCACAGUUUGGACACCCCUGCUAUAUAUCGUCUGUACGUUUUUAUUAUUUUUAAAUAAACCCUUAUCUAUGUAUAGUAAUAUAAUUCAGUGUUACUAUUUCGCAAACCUCAACUCAUUAUCUUCUAUUUAUUAUGUAUUCAUUUAUCUACAUAAUGAAGUAGUAAGCUGUUUAAUUUGCUGUGUGUGUAGCUGAAACACAAUAUGAACAAUUAAGUGGUGUGUUAUUUAUGGGGAAAGGUUCUUCACUCAAAGCAUUCCAGGUGAAAGUGUAAUUUAUAUAUAUAUAUAUAUAUAUAUAUAUA